CCCGAACCUAUCGAUAGAGCCAGUGGCAUACUCUGAAUGAGCUUGGUGGGCGGUCGCUAUCCCUUGAAGCUUGAGCCUCGUGCGUUGCCGUCGUGGCCCCUACCAGCUGAGACUAGACUGUGAAGGGAGCGCUUCAUAUCUUCAGCUCUCGCUUUCUGCCCUUCCUCACAAAAGGUUGGAGGUUCCCUUUCCUUGCAAGCAUCAUGUCUGGCGUUCUCAUAUCGGUGGAUUACGAAGUGUUCGGCCACGUGCAGGGUGUGUGUUUCAGAAUGUAUGCAGAGGAGAAAGCUAGGAGAGUGGGAGUAGUUGGCUGGGUUAGAAAUUCCAGACAAGGGACGGUUACUGGCCAAGUUCAGGGUCCAGAAGACAAAGUAAAUGAGAUGAAGGCCUGGCUGUCCAGUGUUGGAAGCCCCAGCUCUCACAUUGAAAAGGCCGACUUUUCCAAUGAGAGGGAGAUCCCAAAGCUGGACUUCACCGGGUUUACAACUAGAUACUAAUGGGAAAAAAGCAAAAUAUAGAGUCUUAAAUUGCCAUUGCUGUUGCACCGCAAUUUCCAUGUCUCCCUAAAGUGGGAUCUGUACUUUCGAGAAGCCUUCUUAUAUGCUAGGAAAUGUAACAAUUGCCUCAUUUACAGUGGGGAGAAACUGGAACAAACUGGAUUAGAAAAAGUAGUAAUGCUUUCUUGUUGCUAAAAAUGUCUUAUUUAGAAAUACAAAAUUCUCCC